AUCUAUUAAUUGUAUUUAAUGAUAUCCAUGUACUAGUAGUUAUGUUUUGUUGAUGUCAUAUUGCAUGCUGGAAUGUUUUUGUUUGAUUUAAGGUGUAGUUUUUGUAACAAUAAUCUUGUCAUUCUUUAUUUUUUGCCCCAUGUUCAUACAGAAUUUACUGUAAAUCCAGUGUUUAUUUGACCCACUGCGCAUUGAAUGUAAAAAUUGUGUUUGGUUUUAUAAGGUGCAUUUACAGCUUGUACCACAGGUACGGGUGUUAAUUGACAGAUAUUCAUACUGUGGGUAUAGUCAUAUUAAUAGAUUCAAGCCAAGCGUAUAAAAUGUCUUUCAACAGCAAGAAAGCCAAAUGUCUCCUGUUUAUAACAGUUAUUUUUCCUGUGGUUGACGUGUGUGUAACCACUGUGCUUUACUCACAUGGCACUGGUUUUAAAGAACACUUCACCCAAGGGUUUUAUGCCUACUCUGUGUUUACAUCAUUAUUUGAUGUUUGGUCACUCAGCAUUUUAAGAGCAACAUUGUUACUUGGACUGGCAAUAGGGGUUAUGUGCAAUCCAAAGAAAGGGGUACAGCGAGCCAAAAAAGUAGUGCGUGUAAUUGCAGUUAUUACUGUUAUCUUAUGGGUCUGUCAAAUUAUAAAAUUGUUGCUAUUUUCGGAUGCUGUUUCUAACUUGAGGAAACCUUGGUUCUGGGCAUUGUUCUGUUGGACACUUAUUGCAUCCGUUCUCAUGUUUGUUCUGUGGUGGCAAGUGGCAGAACUGAAAGUUAUAUCAAAGAAGAAGUAUCAUGGGAUCAAUUCCACUAUUGGUGAAAGAGAAGGUCUUAUAAAUGCCAAUACUACCCUUAGUAGCGGAAGUGAAGAUAGUGAGGAUGAAGAGAAAGAGCACCAUAAUGGUAAUCGACAUAAGAAAAAGAAGAAAAAAGCCUCAAGAACUACAAGCAUUUUCCGCUUACUGAAGCUGUCCAAAGAUGACUGGCCUUUUAUUUUGGCUGGGUUCUUUUUCCUGCUAUGUGCAGCUGGAGCUGAAGUAUUCCUACCAUACUACACUGGCCAGGUGAUAGAUGGUAUUGUCAUUGAGCAGUCAUAUGAAAAGUUCACCAAUGCCAUCAUUAUAAUGUCAGCAAUAUCACUAACAGCUGGUUUUGCAGCAGGGUCGAGAGGAUGUCUGCUUUUACUUGCCAUGAACAGACUUGGGCUCAGGGUGCGAAACUUGCUGUUUGGUGCCAUCAUGAAGCAGGAGACUGGCUUCUUUGAUAAGAUACAAACCGGUGAAAUCACCUCCAGAUUAACAUCCGAUGCCACAACCAUGAGUGAGUCAGUAGGAUUGAACAUCAACAUAUUCCUUAGAAGUCUAGUGAAAGCUAUUGGAACCUGCGUUUUUAUGUUUAAGUUGUCUUGGCAGCUUACCUUAGUGACGUUUAUUGGUCUUCCUAUCAUCAUUGGUUUCUCCACCCUUUAUGGCGAAUACUAUGAGAAACUGUCAAAGGAAAUCCAGGACACUCUAGCCAUUGCCAACAACGUGGCUGAAGAGACAUGUUCAUCAAUGAAGACAGUUCGCAGCUUUGCAAACGAGACUGCAGAGGUCCAAAGAUACAAAGACAAACUUCAGGAUUCCUACAAGUUGUACAAAAAGGAGGCUCUGGCUUAUGGUGCUUUUAUGUGGUGCAAUGAGGUCUUUGAACUGUCUUUGACUGUAGCUACCCUUUACUAUGGUGGUCAUCUUGUCCUGAAUAAAACCAUGACUGGUGGCAACUUGGUGUCCUUCAUCUUGUAUCAGCUGGAGCUUGGUGACUGCUUUGAGUCUAUAGGAAAUGUUUUCACAUCUUUGAUGCAAGCUGUGGGUGCUUCUCAUAAAGUAUUUGAGUAUAUGGACCGCAAACCUGAAGUUAUAAAUGAUGGUACAUGUGCACCUGCCCACUUGAAUGGGCUCCUGCAGUUCAGACAAGUUCAUUUCAGUUAUCCAACCAGGCCAGAUGAAAAAGCAUUGAAGGAUGUUUCAUUUCAAGUCAAACCAGGAGAAGUUGUGGCUCUUGUAGGACCAAGUGGUGGUGGCAAAAGUUCCUGUGUAAACUUAUUGGAGCAUUUCUAUGAGACACAGUCUGGUGAAGUACUUUUGGAUGGCAUUCCAGUCAAACAGUAUGAUCACAAGUAUCUGCACAGAAAGAUAGCUCUAGUUGGACAGGAACCAGUGCUGUAUGCUAGGUCUAUCAGAGAGAACAUUGCUUAUGGAAUGGAAGAGGAGUGCAGUAUAGAAGAAGUACAACUUGCUGCCAAGAAAGCCAAUGCACAUCAGUUUAUAUUAGAGAUGAAAGAUGGAUAUGAAACUCAAGCAGGAGAGAAAGGACUCCAGUUGUCAGGUGGUCAGAAACAAAGAAUAGCCAUAGCUAGAGCAUUGCUACGUGAUCCCAAAGUUCUGCUGUUGGAUGAAGCCACCAGUGCAUUGGAUGCUGAAUCUGAACAUGUGGUCCAACAAGCCAUUUACAACAACCUUCACAAUCAUACUGUGAUCAUAGUGGCCCAUCGCCUCAGCACAGUGGAGAAAGCUAACCGUAUAGUGGUCAUAGACAAGGGCACUGUGGUGGAAGAAGGCACACACAAGGACUUGUUAGCUGCAGGUGGACUGUAUACUAAACUGGUGCAGAGACAGAUAAUGGGAUUCGAUGAUUUUGCAAAUGAAAACAAGGCUAAGUCUGACACUGUCAAGAUUAACAAGAAACGUAGAUCAUCAUCCAGUAGCAGUGACAGUUCUAGCAGUGCAUCAGUUGGAUCCCCAUUACGGAAACUCUGAUGUUCCUCUUCGUUGGGAUAUGUUAUUUUUUGUUUUCUACUUACUCUUUGAAGGAGAAUAAUUUUUGAGAAUUAAUUUGCAAUACUCAUUUUAUAACAUGUCUAAGUGAUUUCAAAUGCUAUUGAUAUAGGAUGGUAAGGAAAUAAUUAUGUUUUUAUUUAUUUAUUUAUUUAUUAUUAAAAUUGAAAAGGUAAUGGGAGAGGCCUAAAGUGCUGUCUGUUUACAGAUGUUUAUCUGAACACAGUGCAUGCAUGUCUCUCCUUCUUACAAUCAUUCCAAGUUACACUAACUUACAAAGCAGUGGCGGGUUUAGGGGGGAGGGGUCAGGGGGUCCUUUGAUUUCUGGGAAAAAAUUAGAACUUUGACUAGCUGAAUCAUAGUUCAAAACCGUACCAAAUGGCAAUGUUCGCCCUCUAAAAUAUCAAAAAUUUUCCAGACCCUACAGAAGGCCCUGAACCCCAUGCCAAGGGGGUGUUGGCUUUCACAUUUGCUGACCCCCCCUUUCAAAUAAUCCUGGAUCCGCCCCUGCAAAGUCACAACAAGAAUGUGUCAUGGCAGUUCUAACAGCUGAUUAUUCUAUGGAAUUAGCAUAUUAAGAGUUUUCUUACAGUAAUUUUGUACCAAGAUAUUCAGUAAUGCAUUUAUAUGUUUAUUCAGAAAAAAGCUUUUAAUUACGUACUAUAUUCAAACAGAACUGAUUUAUCACAAGCAUUGCUUUAUUUGUUAUAUCUUAUGACAGGGAUGUUAUCCUCCUGGAAUGGUAGUAGGGUUCAUGGAACAUAUAUCAUUAUUAUUUUAAUCACCUCUGCCAAGGUGGUUAUGUUUUCACCCCUGUUUGUUUGUUUUUUUGCCUG